CAACACUAUCAAUUGAAGGUCAAUGAUCAAACACUACUACUUAGCCCUUCACACCCUUCAAUCCUUGUUCAAAUAUCACAAACAGUUUCUUUCACUACAACAACAAUGACCAUGGAACCAAACUCAACAACUUCAGAUCACAUACUGGAUUGGCUUGAAGGUUCUGUCUCUUUCUUCCCAUCAUUCUUAGAUGAACCAUGUAACAACUCUGGUUACAUCCAAGAGUACCACUUGUGGGAUCAGUACCAAACUGAUGCAAAUACUGGCUCUUCACCUAAUGCCACAAACAGCACCACCGCCACUAUAGUUGCUACUAGUGCCACCAGCACAACAUCCCUUGAGCCUUGUGGCUCUAACAACAACCAACCACUUUCUGAUUUGCCCAAGAAACGAAAUGCCACUGAUGAAUCAAGCCUCAAACCGCCACAAAACAAGAACAAGAGAAUCAAGACCCGUCCAAUGAAUGAACCUGAGAAUGGAGAUGCAGUUAGAAAAAACAAGAAAGGUGGAGCUAAGGCCAAUGGAAGCAACUGCAACAGUGGAAAUAGCAAAGAAGGUAGAUGGGCAGAGCAAUUGCUCAACCCUUGUGCUGCAGCCAUAGCCGGCGGAAACGUGAACCGUGUGCAGCAUCUUUUAUAUGUUCUCCACGAGCUAGCCUCGCCUACCGGUGAUCCUAACCACCGGCUCGCGGCUCAUGGUCUCCGAGCACUGACACACCACUUAUCCUCUUCUUCUUCAUCACCUACCUCUUCAGGGACUAUAACUUUUGCAUCUACAGAACCAAGGUUCUUCCAGAAGUCACUGCUGAAGUUCUAUGAGGUUAGUCCUUGGUUUUCCUUUCCCAAUAACAUAGCAAAUGCUUCAAUCCUGCAAGUUCUUGCUGAAGAGGCGAACAUCACUUCGCGUACCCUCCACAUCCUUGACAUUGGAGUCUCACAUGGCGUGCAAUGGCCGACUCUGCUCGAUGCCUUGAGUCGUCGAUCCGGUGGACCGCCUUCAGUAGUUCGCCUCACGGUGGUUACAGCUGAAAAUGACCAAAACAUGGAGACCCCAUUUUCAAAAGCUCCACCUGGUUAUAACUACUAUCCUAGGCUCCUUGGUUAUGCUCAGUCCAUAAACAUCAAUUUGCAGAUAAACAGGAUAGAAAAUCACUCAUUACAGACACUGAAUGCUCAGAGUAUCAGUGCCUCCCCGGAUGAAAUUUUAAUUGUCUGUGCCCAGUUCAGGCUGCAUCACUUGAAUCAUAACAGCCCUGACGAGAGGAGUGAGUUUCUGAAGGUGUUGAGGAACAUGGAGCCCAGAGGGGUGAUACUAAGCGAGAACAAUACAGAGUGUUGCUGCAGUGGAUGUGGGAACUUCGCGGCUGGGUUCACUCGGAGAGUGGAGUACUUGUGGAGGUUCUUGGAUUCAACCAGCUCAGCGUUCAAGGGUCGUGAGAGUGAUGAAAGGAGAGUGAUGGAAGGUGAGGCUGCGAAAGCACUGACAAACCAGCGGGAGAUGAAUGAAGAGAAAGAGAAAUGGUGUGGAAGAAUGAAAGAAGCAGGGUUUGCAGGGGAAGUGUUCGGAGAGGAUGCCGUUGAUGGAGGUCGAGCUUUGUUGAGGAAGUAUGACAGUAAUUGGGAGAUGAAAGUUGAAGAAAAGAACACAAGUGUGGGACUAUGGUGGAAGGGGCAACCUGUUUCUUUCUGUUCUUUGUGGAAGCUGGAUGGGAAUGACCAGGGUGGCACAAGCUGAACAAUGACAGCAAUAGCUUGGGGUGGGAGUUCUGUACAGAAGUUACAUGUGCCACCAUGAGGAACCAUAACUUGCCAAUCAGUGGAAGUUUAUAGAGCACUAGUGAGGGUUUGUGGAUUGCUAAUUAACAACCAAGAAGUUCAAGAGAAAAAGAUAGCAUGAGUAGUCAGAGUUCCUGAAUUCUUCCACUGCAAAAUCUCACCACAAUGUACUGAUUUUGUGUCAAAAUCUUGAUUGAAAAACUGUUUGUAAGAUAGGCUUUGGAAGAAAUUAUUUUGUCUAUUGUGUGUUUUGUAAUGAUUGACAGCCAUUUAGAGGAUUGAAUUGAUUCAGAGUUCGGGA